GGAUCCGUCCAAUGAGCAAUGCAGGUAUUGCAUAAUGGUCGGACAUUUCGUACGGACUUGCCCAAGACUCAACCAUGAUAUCAUGAGACAGAGAUGCAGCAGGUCCCUUAAGGGUGAGAUUCUCGGGCCCCAGGGAGAGCGCAUAAAUUGGAAUUCGCCAGGAGGAAUGCGGCGUGCCGUCAUCGUCCUGAAUAACCUGGAUAUAGCCGUCGUAGAAGCAAAGUCGGUACCCGAUAUUGUCUGGGACCAACCAAGGGGACGUGGGCCACAGGCCAAUUUCAUCCUAGAGGGCAAUGGGCAGGAUAGGGUAAACAUCACCACCCGACGGGCCGGUGCGGAAAAGAAGCUUAUUCGAGACACGGUAAUGGAAGAGGUUGUUGGGGCUGGUGCAGAUCAGGAAGAGACUGAGACCGGGGAACAGGAGAAGGUCUACGGGAAGGCAAGGGAAGAGGAACCGAUAGACAAAGUUGCGGCGGCGAAGAAGAAGUUCAGGUAUCAAAUUCCGAUCCUGACUUCGCCUGAAAUCGAUGGCACCCUGAACAUCCGCCUAAGCCUACCGGACCGCGAAGGGGGUGAAGUCAUGAGGGCGCCACCCGGGACGAAGCUUAGCUUCCAUGCCUUGCCUGUAGGAAAGCUGAAGGUCCAAAUCGGAACCCACCACACAGAUGCAUUAGUGGACGGCGGUGCGGAAAUUACCCUCAUACGACGGGAUUUUGCAACGAUCACCUGCUGCAUCGUAAACAAGGAAGUGAUGGGGAGUAUCCGGGGAGCUGGCGGGGAGAUUCCCUUUGCAGGGUACGUUACGAAAUGUGCAGUUAGGGCGGGGAUCAGGGAAUCAAUCUGGUCGUUCCAGCGGAUGACCGUGAUGGACGAAAUGGACCAUGACAUAAUUCUCGGAAGACCGUGGUGCGCCAAUGUAGAGAUGAUAGGUAUGCAUCUGCACGACGGCACAUACAUGGUAGACAUAGAGGACCCAGUGACCGGCCGCGGAGAACUCCUCCGACUACUUGGGACCGGAGGCGAUCCGCCGAAAGGCAAAUUGGCAACUUCGUCGCCGACGUUCGAGGAGAGUGCGCGAAAAGGGGCAUUCGCACGAAUGGAAGGAAUGAGGGAAAGAGUAGAGAUCAUGAUUGAGGAGGCCUUUAGCAAGAAGGAGUGGAUCAAGAUGGGUCUAUCUAUGAAGAAGAGGAGGCAAGAGGACGAGGCCCUGGAAGUUAUGAUGGCAGAGAAAGAAUCGGAAGUCGAACUUGGGGCCAGCCUGCCCAAACCAAAUAAAGGCCGGAACGAAACGCCAGAAGUGGUGCUUGAAAUCCCAGACUUGUUACAACUCGUUAAGGCCAUCAGGUACCACAAGGCGUACCUGUUCGGGAGGCGGUUUGUCCUGAGGAUCGAUCCAACCAACGUCGCCGGGGCACUAAAGAACUAUAAGCCUAUAGACCCAACCGUCAGGAGAUGGAUAGGCUUCAUAUGGCAAUUCGACUACAAGGUCGAGCGGAUUGCGGGGCUUCGAAACAGGGCGGAUGGGCUGAGUAGGGUAUGUAUCACGCCGGAAGGGAUAGAGGACGCAGAGCCGAUUGACGCCUUCCUGGAAUAUGAAGGAGGGACCCUUGCUGUGGAUAACGAGAUGGCAGACUCCAUAGCCACGACGAGCCAGUUGCUGAUCCAGACCUUGGAAAAGGGCGCGCCUGCGGUAGUUGCGGAACUCAGGGAAGGACCGGUUACUACGUUUAGGCGCAAAGACGAGAGGGAUUCGUGGGGUGCAGUGAUUGGGCCUAAAGAGCAACUGAUGGCAAUGGCCGUUGAAGGGGGACGGGACGCCGUGAUGACCUUAGCAGAAUCCUGGACGCAAAAGGAACUGCAGUACCUGGUGAAUCAGGCUCAGGAGGAGCAGGGUACCAACCAGAAGGAACGAGAAUUUUUUCUCAUACAGAUGUAUGAGGGCAUCUUCUGGGAAGUCGGCUUGUUGCUCAUAGGAAACAAGCAACCCUUAGAACUCAGCCCCAAGGCAAGGGAGGAAGCCGAAAAGUAUGUUUUAAGGAACGGCCACCUGUUCAAGAAGGAAGAGGGGAUGAUGCCUAAACGAGUCGUGUGCGGAAGGUCUAGGCAGUUAGACAUAAUCCAGGCGAUGUACGAUGGACUAGCUGGAGGGCAUAGGUCAUCCAAAGGGACCCUUGCGAAAAUCGCCCCACUUUACUUCUGGCCAGAUAUGGCAGGUAUGGUGGCAACAUACUGCCAGACAUGCUUGAUAUGCCAGGAAAGGAGUUCCGCACGUGUCUUCGAGCCCGUUAGACCUACCCGGGUACUAGGGCCGGGGCACUUAGUCCACCUCGAUCUUGCGGUCAUGCCAGUGUCAACGGAUGGAUAUAGAUACAUCAUGGAUGCAAGGGACAACCUCAGUGGCUACGUAGAGGCGGUAGCACUCAAGAGAAAGACAGGGAAGGGAGUGGUCGAUUGGAUAGAGGAUUUCUACCUAAGACACCCUUUUGUACACAGGUUCAUAGCAGACAAUGGGACGGAGUUCAUCAAUCAGGAGGUAUUGAGCAGGCUUAAGACCUUGUGCGUACCCAUCAAGAUCAUUGAACCAUAUCACCCUGAGGCAAACACAACGGUAGAAAGGGGGCACCGAACUUUGAAGAACACAAUCGCCAAACUGGCAGUGGAUGAUUUGGAAAAUUGGCCACGGUUCCUUAAGCAGGCAAUGUUCUCAAAGAAAAUGACACCGAAAAGGAUGACAGGAUGCAUUCCGACAGAACUUUGGUAUGGGAGGGAGAUUGAUUUUCCGGUGGAAGCCUUAGUCCCCACCUGGAACAGGCUAGAUGACAAUCCACGCCUGUCUACUGAAGAAUUAAUUGUCGCACGAUGCCAACAGGUCGUUAGAAAUGAGGAAGCCUUGGAAGAAGUGGUCAAGCGCGUGAUGGAUAGCCGAAUGAGGGACAAAGCAAGAUGGGACCAGGUGAAGAAUAUCCGGAAAGAACCACUCCAAGUAGGGGAAAAGGUGCUAGUUAGGAACUCGGCCCUUGAUAGCACGUGGUCUGGGCAGCUGGGGGAGAGGUUCAAAGGGCCCUACAGGAUCGCUAAGCGGGUGGGAUUGAACACGUUCGAACUUGAGGACCUUGAUGGUACUAGUAUAAGAGGACCAUUUCCGGGACAGAGGCUGGUCAGGUUUUUGAGCAGGGAUCCGGUGGAACAAUGGUUACAGGAGGCUCAGGACACGGGAACAGGGGAAUUGACAACUUGAAAAGCAGGCAGCUGGCUAUGAGUCUAUACCGCCUUCCUACGGAAGUAAUCAUGAC